AUGGAGAAUAAUACUACAAAUCAUAUUACAGAUACUUCUAGUGUAAAUUUGAAAACUACCAAUGAAAAAAUUCAACGAAAUUAUGCUGAAUUCAACCAAUCAUGGGGUAGAUUCAAUGACAUAAUUAAACAAGUAAAGCAAGAGUGUUUGGAAAGAGUGACAAACUUGGAACAUGAAAAUUCAGUUCUUCAGCAACGUUAUAAAGAACUUGAAGAACGAGUGUUACCUCUGACAACAUCACUGAAUGAACAAGAAUACCUCAAAGAAUUCUUGAAAUUUUUAUGCACUUCUCAAAUCAACGCAAAUGUGAACUUAACAGAAACACAAAAUGGUGAUUCUAAGAAUUCAGAUGCAAUUGAACAACUUACCAGUCUUUUACUUUACACAAAUAUUACUCAGAAAGAUAUUCUUAUGAACUGUCAUCAAUUACAUCAAAGAGUAGCUCAACUAGAACAAAUCAAUUCUAUUUUAUGCUCCAUCAUUUGUGAUGGUGGAUUUAUUUCACCGCUGGAUAAAAUUCGUACAACAGAUUAUGGUAAUUCCUCUUCGAAUGAAACUCAGACAACAGGUGAAGAACAAUCAACUCCAGGGAAUACAAGAACACAUUUAAAACUAUCAGAUAUAUUCUGUAAAAUAAAUGAUUCAUUAAAAUCUUUUGGAAUAUCAAGUCACUCUGCAUCACAUUCCUAUUUUCAUGAUUCUAUAAAAGAAAAUCAUGAGUUGCAAAAAGCCUUUCUACCUGUACAUACUACUGAUACUACUGAAAUGAAUACAGUAAAUGACUCUAAUAACAAUAAUACUAAUUUAUUUCAUUCCACGCUAAAUUCACUGAAUAAUUCCCCGACAAGACAAUCUACUAGUAGUAAUAACAACACUGUUAAUGUACAGAAUCUUUCACAUGAUUAUCACGGAUACACUUAUCCAACCAACUGUACAAUUCAAAAUACUGGUCUGUAUUUAAAUAAAGAUUUAACUGAAUCAUGUUCGAGUGCAUUCACCAGUGGUCUUCAGUUGAACAAGAAUACACGAUCACAUAAUAUACAAGAGAAAAAUUCAAUUACAGGCGAAUGGAUACGAUCCAAAUCUUUACCCGUACUAGUAACAAAUUCUCAACAAACAAAUACUGAGAAUGAAUCUUGUUUACGGACAAAUUCGCUUACACAACUUAUCCAUUUACCAGCCUUAUUCCCUAUCACCUCUUAUCCAAUUAAACGUGUCACUGAACAAAUGAUGCUACUGUCAGAGAAUUUACUAAAGUCUGAAACAGAAUUUGACAUUCUCAAGUCAUCGCAGCAUCUAAAUCUUCCAUGUGGAGGACAUUUAACCAAUGAUCUAAUUCCUAAUAAUACACAACAGAAUACAACAGUAUGGCUUGAUAAACCCUUACCAAAAGGUUGGAUACAAUUACAAAAUCUACCGUAUAGUGGUGGACUACAACGUGAAACUAUCGGUACGCAUAGUCAUAUGAUACUUGGAGCAAGAAGUUUACCAUUGUUGUUUAACAAACCAAUUGAAAGCUGGAAAAAAGCAUCAACGACGACUAUUUCGUCGUCACCAUUAUCAGUGGCAUCAGGUGAAAAUUAUCGCGUGAAUUCACUUGAACGUGUACAUUCAUUUCGUAACCUACACUCAAAUGGAUUUCAUCAUUUGAAGACAAUUAUAGAAGUAGAUUCUGGACCACCGAGUUUUCAUGAAUUACUUUCACAGAGUGUUCAUUCUAAUCAUAAUGAUAAUCAUAUUAAUAAACAUGAAAGUCAGAAUCACAAUAAUAAUAAUAUUAAUAAUAAUUCACCACAUGAUCCUGAAAAAGUUGACUCUACUGCAUCACCGAAUGUGUAUAUCUCACCAAAUCAUAGUAUUGAAUUUCUUCCAAAUUCAAGACAAAUAUUAUGUCGAGACCAAAAACUACGCUACCACUAUCCACUUCGAUCUGCUGUGCUUGGUUCUAAUCCAGAGGCAUCAAAUCACUUCCACAUACCGAAAAGUUACGAUCUUGAAACUCAAACAAACUAUCAUGAUGCUUUUCGAAAACUACGAAAUGCACGUAAAAAUUUAAGAUUUGGUGUUUUCAGUGAUACAGAACUACUGACAGGGAAAUUUACAAUCACAUCAACGGAUGAUUCAGCUAUUGAUAGCGGUGAUGAGGAUUUUCACAGUUCAGUUGAUUCAUUACAUGUUAAAAGUUUUUUAACAAAAUCUGAGGUGAAAACAACAACAUCGUGUUUGACAACCACUGCAGCACAAAAUAACUGUCAGAAUAAUCGUAUCAUUCCAUCUAUUUAUGCCAGUGGUAGUAAUUGUAAUUUAAGUUGUAAGUCAGAUAUACCACUAACAAAUGGUGAUAUAAAUGAAGUCAAGGGAGCAGAAGACAGUCAGUAUGCUCAUACGGAACAUGAGUUAAACACCUCGCAUGUACAGAAUCAAGGAGAGUGUAACAACUCAUUGAAAAAUAUCCCCAAUGGAAAACAUGACAUCGAACAUGACAGGAAACAGGUGAGCCAAUAA